AUGUCGCCGUGGCCAGCCGACGGAGACGCGGCGAGGCUCCUCGACAAGUUCGGGGCGCCGACUCGGCUGCGGCACCCGCACCUGGGCCGGUGCACGGACGCGCUGUUCGGCCGCGCCCAGGUCGUCUUCGUCGUGUCGGAGCGCGCCUCAGUCAGCAUGACGGACGUGCUGCGCGCCAGCCAGCAGGGGGCUGCUGGCUCCGUGGCCAGCUGCGUGCAACUGGCAGGCAUCCCGUUGCUACUGUUAAGGCAUCCCUGGCCUUUUUUCCAGGCUGUGCCAGCCUCCGUCGCGCUCCCGCUAUACCCCCGCCACUAUGCGGGCGAGGCGCUCCUGAGUCGACCAGACGCGGCAGAGAUCGUACCUGUGGACCUCGCCUGGAAGGUCGGCGACGCCCAUCGUUGUGUAACCCCGUCGUGA